UGGCUCCUCCUGCUACGGAGAGAGACGGAGCUGGCACCGAGCGGUGAAACGGGGGUAGUUGUGACACCACGGAGAAAAAAAAAUACAUUUACGCCACAAAUUCCUGGACGUUCUUGGUCGCUGUUGUAUCUAGUAUCUAGAAACACGGUUGUCUGAGUGGCAGUUUCAGUCGAGGGUACAUUUUAGCAGCGGGCGGUUGAGGAUAGCAGUCUAUUUUCGACAACCAGAUGAACUCCCUCAGAGCCACCAACAGGAGACCCAGGCGAGUAUCGAGGCCGCGCCCGGUGCAGCUCGAACGAAACAACGGGGACAGAGCUGCUGCAUUCCCAGCUGUCACAACCAUUUCUGCGGGUGCAAAUCUUACGGACUGCCAUUUUUGGGGUGUAACGUUAACAAAAACAUUAGCAGCUCUAGCUUCAAGAGGCCGUACCGAUCAGCUGUGAGCUUUAGAUGAGGAGGCUCCUGCAGCAGCUGCAGCAGAAAUGGCUAUUGAAGAGUCCGGUCCAGGUGCUCAGAACAGUCCCUACCAGCUUCGACGUAAGACCCUGCUUCCCAAGAGAACCGCUGCUGCCUCUGCCACCGCCUCUGCCUGCCCCAGCAAGGGCCCAAUGGAGGGAGCUUCCACUUCAUCUACAGAUGCCUUUGGUCAUCGAGCCAAGCGGGCACGAGUGUCCGGUAAGACCCACGACCUGCCAGCAGCCCCAGCAGAACAAUAUCUGCAGCAGAAGCUUCCAGAUGAGGUUGUUUUGAAGAUUUUCUCCUACUUACUGGAGCAGGACCUUUGCCAGGCAGCUUGUGUGUGCAAGAGAUUCAGCCAGCUAGCAAAUGAUCCUAUCCUAUGGAAGCGACUGUACAUGGAGGUGUUUGAGUAUACGCGUCCCAUGAUGCAUCCUGAGCCAGGCAGGUUCUACCAGGUCAGCCCUGAGGAGCAUGAACAUCCAAACCCUUGGAAGGAGAGCUUCCAACAGCUGUACAAGGGUGCACAUGUGAAGCCGGGCUUUGCUGAACAUUUCUACAGUAACCCAGGCAGAUACAAAGGCAGGGAGAAUAUGCUGUAUUAUGACACCAUUGAGGAUGCGCUGGGUGGCGUUCAAGAAGCCCACUUUGACGGUCUCAUCUUUGUUCAUUCUGGCAUCUAUACAGAUGAGUGGAUUUAUAUAGAGUCCCCCAUCACCAUGAUUGGUGCAGCUCCCGGUAAAGUAGCAGACAAGGUCAUCAUAGAGAAUACUAGAGAUUCUACGUUUGUCUUCAUGGAGGGAUCAGAGGAUGCGUAUGUGGGAUACAUGACCAUCAAGUUUAAUCCAGAUGAUAAAUCAGCGCAGCACCAUAACGCCCACCACUGUCUGGAGAUCACGGUCAACUGCAGCCCGCACAUCGACCACUGUAUCAUCCGCUCCACAUGUACAGUGGGAUCAGCUGUGUGUGUGAGUGGACAGGGUGCCUGUCCAACCAUCAAACACUGCAACAUCAGCGACUGUGAGAACGUGGGACUGUACAUUACAGACCACGCACAGGGCAUUUAUGAAGACAAUGAAAUCAGCAACAAUGCUCUAGCAGGGAUUUGGGUGAAGAACCACGGUAAUCCCAUCAUUAGGCGGAACCACAUUCACCACGGACGAGAUGUGGGGGUGUUCACGUUUGAUCACGGCAUGGGUUACUUUGAGAACUGUAAUAUCCAUAGAAAUCGCAUAGCUGGCUUUGAGGUGAAAGCCUACGCCAACCCCACGGUCGUUCGAUGUGAGAUCCACCACGGCCAAACGGGAGGCAUUUACGUCCACGAGAAGGGGCGGGGUCAGUUUAUAGAGAACAAAAUUUAUGCCAAUAACUUUGCUGGCGUCUGGAUCACAUCCAACAGUGACCCGACGAUACGGGGAAACGCUAUUUUUAAUGGUAACCAAGGAGGAGUGUACAUAUUUGGAGACGGGCGAGGUUUAAUAGAAAGUAACGACAUCUAUGGUAACGCCUUGGCUGGGAUCCAGAUUCGAACCAACAGCUGCCCCAUUGUUAGACAUAACAAAAUCCAUGAUGGGCAGCAUGGGGGCAUCUAUGUGCAUGAGAAAGGUCAAGGAGUAAUCGAGGAGAAUGAGGUUUACAGCAACACGUUGGCUGGAGUCUGGGUGACCACAGGAAGUACUCCUGUCCUCCGGAAGAACCGCAUCCACAGCGGCAAGCAGGUUGGUGUAUAUUUCUAUGACAAUGGGCAUGGCGUGUUGGAAGACAAUGACAUCUACAAUCACAUGUACUCUGGUGUUCAAAUAAGGACGGGGAGCAACCCAAAGAUCAGGCGCAACAAGAUCUGGGGAGGCCAGAAUGGAGGGAUCUUGGUCUACAACUCAGGUCUGGGCUUCAUUGAGGAUAAUGAGAUCUUUGAUAACGCCAUGGCUGGGGUGUGGAUCAAGACAGACAGCAAUCCCACACUACGAAGAAAUAAGAUCCAUGAUGGACGAGACGGAGGCAUUUGUAUCUUUAAUGGAGGCAGAGGUCUGUUGGAAGAGAACGACAUCUUCAGGAACGCUCAGGCCGGUGUGCUAAUCAGCACCAACAGCCAUCCAACCCUCCGCAAGAACCGCAUUUUUGAUGGCUUUGCAGCAGGUAUUGAAAUUACUAACCAUGCCACUGCCACGCUGGAGGGAAACCAGAUCUUCAACAAUCGCUUUGGAGGUCUGUUUCUGGCCUCCGGAGUCAACGUCACUAUGAAAGAUAACAAAAUUACACAUAAUCAGGACGCCAUAGAGAAGGCAGUGAGCAGAGGACAGUGUCUCUAUAAGAUCUCCAGCUACACCAGUUACCCCAUGCACGACUUUUACAGAUGUCACACCUGUAACACGACAGAUAGAAACGCCAUCUGUGUUAACUGCAUCAAAAAGUGCCACCAAGGACACGAUGUAGAGUUUAUACGGCACGAUCGGUUUUUUUGUGACUGUGGAGCAGGGACGUUGUCCAACCCGUGUACGCUGGCAGGAGAGCCCACACAUGACACGGACACUCUCUAUGACUCGGCACCGCCCAUUGAGUCCAACACGCUGCAGCAUAACUGAAAGCGUCUAGGUUGUGCUGACGCCCUCAGAUAAGCAUACCAACACAUCACAUUGCACACAGCCAUACACACAGUUACAUGCACGCACCCUCUUGCGACCAUAAGGGUCCAGAGAGACUCUGAUUACAGCGCUCUCAGCUGGGAUCAAAGGAGAAAGAGGCUGCAGAGGAAGCAGCUUCCUCUGGCUGCAGCCAGACUCGCUGCUGCAAGUCGUUAGAGGGAGCAGCGGAGCUGAAGAUGAACUGACAAAACGGCUCAAAGAGAUUCUUACUGCAGUCUGUAAGCAAAGAAGAUGGGAAGAGAAGGGCUCCAUUCUGAGGAUGCGAUGAGGUCAGCUGGUGGCACUUAAAGCAUGGAGAGCUUCCCUUUGGUUAAUCCUCAGCUCCUUCUUCUUCUCUUCAAGAACUGCUGUCAAAAAGACUUCCUGCUUCCUCGCAGCUACCAUCCCUAUUGGAUGCCCAGACAGUUGCAACUAGGCAGUGGAUGUGUGAAUGUUGGUCUGUGUGGGUGAUUAAAAAAAAAAAAAAAGCGAAACAAAAACUAAACAUAAUUGUGUGUGAUGGAGCACUUGGGCCUUUUUUUUUUUAAAGAAAAAAAAAGUUCUGAUCAAGGAAUUUUAUUUCAAUGCUUUCUCAUGUAGUUUUGUAUUUUCAAGCAAAAAGCUGACUGUAUUUGAAUGUCUUUUAUUUUAUUAUAUAUUAUUAUAAUUAUUUUUCUUUGGUUAACGUCCCUCCCUCCCCCCGCCUCAGCAAACUGCAGCAGCUCUAAACGUCCCAGUGCUGAACUUCUUUCUGUGAAAGAGAAACUCGUUUAAACACUAGAAACCCUCUCCUGUGUGUUCGUAAAUGGCAGGUGGAGUGGCUCCACGGGUGUGUACAUGGAUGUUGUGUACAGUGCAAGUUGUGUGUGUGUGCGAGUGAGAGAGCGUGUGUGUUUAUAUGUUGAAACAGUCAGUGUUUUGUGGAGAGGGUUUAAAUAGGAGAUGACCAAGCUCCUUUUAAACUGGAACAGAAGUCCGUCUGCAGCCCCCCGUCCCCCUCCUCCCUCCAGUGUAUCGUGGUGACUUUGGCUCCUCAUGCAGCCUGAAUCGUAUGCAUGUAUCAUAACAUCUAGACUUAAUAUAUUGUGAAGUAUUCAAUAACCAUUAUUGUAGAUGCUAGUUGGAAUUCAAAAAGGGGUAUACUUUCUUAGGAAGACAAAAGAAAAAUGAAAACUUGCCAUUUCUAAGAAAAUAAAACUUUAUUAGAUCAAA